AUGUAUAUUCUCCUGGAUCUUGAAGAUCUGACAGAUUUCGAAGGUCAGUGCUUCGCAUUACGGCUAUAUAAUGAGAAUGCCGGUUAUAUUUCAGAAGACAUCGCUCAAGCGCUCUGUGAGUUGUUCGAAGCAUUCUUGACGUUGUUGAAGUAUCAGCCCAAGUCUCUGCAGCAUAACAGAUCGCUGGGAGGACCACUGAAUCGAAAAGGUGAGCGCGGGUUUUCGGCUCCUUCCUUUGCUAGGAGGCUUCUUUGA